AUGCCUCCAGGGACAGGUUACUGGGGCCAGCAGACGGCCACCAUUGAGUGGUGCGAGGAGAACUACGUGGUCAGCUACUAUGUUGCUGAGUUCUGGAACACGCUAUCCAAUGCCGUGAUCAUAUUUUCUCCACUGGUGAUGCUAAUCUUGUGCUACACACAGAAAUACGAGACACGCUUUGUAUGCACUUUUGCUGCCAUGACAGUUGUUGGCAUUGGAUCUGUGUUUUUUCAUAUGACGCUGAAGUACAAUAUGCAACUGAUGGAUGAGUUGCCGAUGGUGUGGGCCAACGCAAGCUUCCUUUACUCGUGCUUGAUGAUGACAAGCAAAUCCAACACAGACAACAUCAUUCUACAAGCCAGCCUGUUUCUUGGCAGCCUAGCUAUCACUGUGGUUUACGUUCUGAUUGAGGUACCCCUGUUUUUACAGAUAGCCUACGGUGUAAUGAACACGUUGGUGAUAUUGUUACAUAUCAGAAUGGUGCUAACAAUGGACUGCAAUAAGUACCUGUUUCUAUGUGGUCUCGGCUGCUACCUUCUGGGAUUUCUGCUGUGGAACAUUGACAAUGUAUAUUGUCACCAGUUAAGAUAUCUGCGAAAGCACACACUGGCAGAGUCAUCAGGCAUGCUUUUUGAAUGUCAUGCUUGGUGGCAUGUCUUCACGGGUAUUGGAGCUUACUUGGGAAUAUUGUUCACACUGCACACGCGUUACGUGUUUCUACAAAGAAAGCCCAAGUUGAAGAUGUUUUUAGGAUUUUGGCCUUACGUGUCCUUGCCUCCCGUGACCGGUAAAAUACAGUAG